AGAGCAGGGGAGGGGAGGGGCAGAGAGGGCCAGGAGACCCUAAAUCCUAAGCAAGCUCCAGGCUCUGAGCUAUCAGCACAGAGCCCCCCUACAUGGGGCUCGGAACUCACAAGCCGUGAGAUCAUGACCUGAGCUAAAGUCCAAGCUCCCCUCUUUCUUCUUUAUUGAUGCUCUUCCCAGGAAGCUCUGUUUCUACUUGCCUCCUCUUUUCUUUCUCCUUCUCAUAUUCCUUUGCUUUUUUUUUUUUUUAAAUGAAACUCAGAGUCAUGUGCAUGAGUAGGCAUGGCAUUGCAUCCAUGGUCUUUUUAAAAAAAUUUUUUUUUAAUGUUUAUUUUAUUUUUUGAGAGAGACAGAGACAGAAUGCAAGUGGGUUAGGGGCAGUGAGAGAGGGAGACACAGAAUCUGAAGCAGGAGCCAGGCUGUGAGCUGUCAGCACAGAGCCUGACACAGGGCUCAAACUCAUGAACAUGAUGAGAUCAUGACCUGAGCUGAAGUCACAUGCUCAACCAACUGAGCCACCCAGGCACCCCUCAUAUUCCUUUCCUAUCUUUUACUUCUCUCUUCACCUCUUGUCUUUCCAGUCUUUUUUUCUCAUUGAUUUUUUCCUUCUGAAAUUGCCUUAGUUUGGAACCUAUAUAUAAACAGAGAGAUUUUUGCAUUUAGAAUCUAUUGUCUAUUAACAAUAUUGAAGCUGAGUGGAAUAUUGAAUUAAAUGCUUUAUGCUUCUUUUUAAAAACUAACCAAAUUGGUUUUAAUUUGAAUGUUCUCAGUUGAUUCUCCCUUUCCUGUUAUCUAGUAAAAUUAGUGCACACACGUGUGUGUGUGUGUGUGUGUGUGUGUGUGUGUUGAGAGAGAGAGAGAGAGAGAGAGAGAGAGAGAGAGAGACUUGGGGAACUUUUAGUACAGAAAUGGACAUGGCUACAUAACCCUUUGGUAGGAGAAAAAGGUCUUCAAACAAUGUUAGAAUUUUUCUUUCAGGAAAAUAUUCAUUGUGCAUGAGCACGCUAUAAAAUUUUAACUGUUCUAAUUUACUUUUUCCAAUAGAGAAGUUUUGCUGAUGUUUCCUUUUAGAAAAUAUGGCUCUUUCAUAGACCAUUUAAAGCAUCUCACAGGACUCAUAAACUGCUUCAUAAAAUGCAAACCUACAGAGACCCUGUCCUAUAUUCUUUAAGCCUGCAAAAUUCUUUAGUAUUUCCUAUUUCUUUCCUUACAGCAGUAUAGUCCUUAUUUUCCCUUCCCUUUUAUUCCAUCUUCUAUCAUCAUUUUUUUUUUUCAAUUUAUGCCAUUUCCCUCUCUAGAUGUAUUUUUACUUCACUUUCUUUAAAUCUUUACAGAUUGGAUAGCAAAAGAUUAGUUUUUCAAUGUCUUCUUCCUCAUUCAAUUUUUCUCUUUUCAUGUCUCUGCUACAUUCUCUCAUUCCUUUUUAAAUUCCUGCUGAAUUCACCUCUGUGGCCUUUCUUAGACAGUUCAACAACUUCCGGCAGCUUUUAGAUGAAAAGAGUUCUUUUCCAGCACUUCAUUUCUGUCAUCAUUUGCAACUUAUAGGGGAAGACAUUUGGAAAAAAUUUAUGUCAAUAUGCUUCAUAAUGAAAAUUCUUCUUUUCAAUCUAUUUCAGCUGUCCUCAGAGAUACUAAGAAUUCUUUGAAAUUAUAGUUGGUUGAAUAACGCAUUAAAAUAAGUAUGGAGUGGGAAGAAUCAGGGUAUGGCUCGAGCCAAGGUGAGCUGCAAAUAAUGGAAACGGGGGAUAUUUCAAGAUGGGUUUUCAAAGUUUUCUAUUUUUUCAAGCUCUAAAGACAGAGUAGAAUAAAUUAAUGUUUGAGGGAAUAGAUGGGAACUUGCAGGAAGUCUGAGAGUUAUAGCUCUAAUCUGCCUCUCCUAGUUUCUUUGGAGGUUCUAAUUUAAUGUUUAUGUGUCACAUGAAUCACUACCUCACAGUGCAUCCAUGUUCAUUUUUGCAUGAAAUACUCUCCCAAGUUUCUGGGGCGCCUGGGUGACUUAGUCGGUUAAGUGUCUGACUCUUGAUUUUGGCAUGGGUCAUGAUCUCAUGGUUUGGGGGACUGGGCUCCAGGCUGACAGCGUGGAGUCUGCCUGGGAUUCUUUCUCUCCCUCCCUCUCUCUGUCCCUCCCUCCCUUCUCUCAAAAUAAAUAAAUAAACUUAAAAAAAAAUAACAAAAAAUAUUCUCCCCAAUUUUAAUUAUAAUAGUUGAUUAUAUUAGGUGUUUCUUUUAUUUCUUUUUUGUUUCUUCUGUGCCUUCCAGUUCAUCUAGCACCUUGUUCGAGUAUUCAUAGGUAGGGGUGCCCAGUUUGAUAAGCUCAGCAUAAGGGCAGGAAAGUUGUGGCAUCUAGUCCAACUUGUUCACUGUCUUGCUUCCUCUCAGUAUUCCCAUCAUUUGGCUAGAAAUGAAGGUGCUAGAACGAGGUAGAUGGUAGUGGUUGAAGUGGCUGCUGCCUGUCUGGUAAAUGGCUAUUUCAAAAUGUAGUGGAUUGUUUGACUAGAGAAUGAGUUGCCUUGAGUGGAAGUGUUUAAACAGAGACACAGUGAGACUAUAUUGGGAACUUAAGCCUCAGUUGUGGAGUAAGACUGGAUAUAUCACAGAAUCUGGCUCUUAUGGUAGAAUAAAAGGAAGUUUUUAUUUUCCUAUGAGACAGUCUUAUUAAAUUGAUCAUUUAUACUAAGAUAUAAAAAAUCUAGUAGCACUAUUAGGGUAUGUAAAUUAAACCAACAAAAUAAUACCUCCAGUAGUAGUAAAAAUUAGAGAUAAUAUUGUUGAAUAUAAAAUUUACUGAUGAAAUAAGUAUAAAUAAAAAAAUUAUUAAAGUGCUUGGAUUUUACUGGGAAUAAUGCUAAUUGCUCCUGCUAUGAUGCAAAAACUGAAUUGGGAGUAUAUUGUCCUCUGGCUAGGUAGCAAUGAUGUGUUGGGUAGAGAAAAUGAAGAGUUCACAGGAGGAAGAGGGAGAAGAGCUGAGGAUGGACUGAGGAGUUUUUUCUUCUGUCCUUGACCUGUUGCUUUGGAUUUUACUGGAUCAUAUCACCUGCUAUUGCCAUAACAAACUAAUCAAAGACCCUCCUGGGACCAUUUUCAGGCAUUCGUUAUUUCUGCUACCAUCUUGGCUUCUGUCUAGGUUGGAAGCCUGUGGGAAUCCAUGUGAGUUCCUUCCUUAUUUAACAUUUAGAAAAAUACGCUCUGAGGUUGCAGGUGGUAUAAAUGGUUUCUUUUUAAAUGCUGAUAUAUCUAACACCUUCCUGCUCAAAAUAUGUUCUAUGGACCAGCAGUAUCCUAUGGACCUGCAGUCCAGGACCUGCAGCCUGGACAUCAUCUGGGACCUUACUAGAGAUGCAGAAUCUCAGCCCCCACCCUGAUCUACUGAAUUAUGACCUGCAUUUUAAGAUCUCCGUGGGAUUUAUAUGCACAUUAAUAUUUGAGAUGUACCGAUUUAACAUACUUAGUUCGCAUUCCUGUAGGGUGUCAUCUACUCCCAGUGUGUCAUCAAUUUCCUAGAAUGGGUUUAACUGGGGCUGUGCUCUCUCUUAAUUAAUCAGCUAAUUCAUUAGCACAUUUAAUCCCUGCAACAAACCUUCACAACACCUUAAUCCUUAUAUUGCAGAUGAGACAGUUAACUUAUCCAAGGUCACGCAGCUAGUAUAUGGUGGAGACGUUCUACUUGAGUCUGACUCAUUUCCAAGUCUUUUUUCUUUUCCAACACCACAUUGCUUUCCCUUGAAUUUAAUCAUGAAUAAUUGUUUAUGCAUUAAGAGAAUAAGGCCCAGAAAAAAUAAAGGUUAGAAAGAGAUCUUUGAAAGAGGCCUUCCAAUCAUUCAAAGAUUAUUUUGAAGAGUGUAUCACACUUCUGGUGAUAAAGCAAAGAAGGCAAAGUGAAGUACUCUUGGUCCCUCGUUUUUGGAGUAAUUUGGGGAAGUGAGAGGACUGCAUCUCGUCAUGCUCAUACUUUGUCCUGCCCAUCAGCUGACCUGCAUCUUGCUGCUGCUGAGGCAGGUUCCAUCUGUUUAAGCCUGUGUUAGCCAGGUGCACAGAGCAGUACUGAUUGUGUUAUGUUGAGGCUGCCCAUAUGCCUCCAUGCAAACUGCAGUUCAAGAGCUGUAAAACUGUUUGCAUUUGAAAUCUAUCAGAUGGCUUUGAACAAAACCAGUUCCAAUAAGGCUAUUUGAAUGCUUUAUAUUUGGCAAAAGCGUGUAGAACUUAUGGCCACCAACCAAAUUAUUAAGGAAUAUUGUAUUUUCAGAAUAGCUAUAUUUUCCAGGGAGAGAUGCAUGUGAAGAAACCCCAUAAAACACUGGAGAUGACCCAGGUCACUGUUUGUUCUUGGAAAACUCCAUUCAGCUGCAAACAGGGAGAAUAAAACCCAAAGCAACUGACAUCUGCUUUGAGAUUGGGGGAUCCUGUGUCACGUUCGCUCUGGGGUUGUAACCCAGCUGGACUUGUUUCAAGCUGGGUAACAUCUAGUCUGGGCUAUCCACACUACACAAACAUUUCUUGGGGGGACUAGAUAAUGAUUUCAAAAUGAGCAGUGACUUAGAAGCAUGAAGUGAGUGUGGGGUGCCUCUCAGUAUCUUAGAACUUGGUGUGUAUGGGGGACACAGUUAUCAGUUGGAUAAAUGGGAGGGGAAGCUUGAUCAGUCUCGGAGCUGUUCUCAUACUUGAAGGGAACUCUGUUGACUCAACCUUUUGUAGAGUGUGUGAAUUUGUCAGUGACAACAUGCUUCACAGAGUUCUCUUACCUCUGCGUUGGCCAGUCCUGCUCUCUCUAAACUGAUGACCUUGAGGGCCUCCAAGUUUAGAAGCUUUCAGAGCCAGACUGGCUGCCUGGGAGCAGUCCUCCAGCACUCCUCACAUGCUCCAGUCACCCUGUCCUUCCCUCUAGCUCUCUUUCUGACGUUAGAAGACUGAAAUUGAGAGGCGGAGAGAAGUCAUGGAAUCCCAAGGGCCUAUUCACUUUAAGGCCCCACCCCUCUAUUCAGAGCCAUCCAACCCGGAGAACUUAGAGUCAUCCUCAGGAGUAAAGUUCUUUGAGUUAUAUAUAUAUAAAAGGCAAGCCCAUCCUAAAUGUCAGUCCAAUAUCCACGGGGGCUAGAGACAGCAGGUAAUCAGAAGCAAUUAGUUGUCCCCCUGCCGGGAAGCCGGGCAAUUACCUUUUUCUCUCUUCCUCUUCCGUCCUUCCUUCUCCCGUGGAAGCGAUAGAAGUGUUUUGCUCCCUAAACAGCAGUGUACGCUGAGUUGGCACGGGAAUGAGGGAUGAACUGAGCAGGAUUCGGUCUCCUCCUCCCGCCGCCGCGGUGGCCGCCGGCAGAGCAGUGCAUUGUGGAGGCUGAGCGCGCCGCGGUGGCUGGAGCUGCGGCCCCGGGAUCGCGCGGCGAGGAGCUGUCCGAGGUGCUGACCGGCCCGGCCCGCGCCCUGCGCGCCCACCUGCCCUGGACCACUCCAAGUCCUGGCUUUUCUCCCACCCCUCCGUCUGCCUUUGUGUCCUCCUCACCUAGGGGCGUAGCGGCUGGAGGAAAUCAUGGUGUUCGCUCCAGGUGAGAAACCUGGAAAUGAGCCUGAAGAGGUGAAGCUGCAGAAAGCCAGCAAACAGAUCGUGCAGAAUGCCAUCCUGCAAGCUGUUCAGCAAGUGUCCCAGGAGAGCCGGCAGAGGGAAGACAGAACUGGUGACAACCAGGGCAACUUCCAGCUGGGCGUGGGGGAGUUAACCAAGAAGCACGAAAAGAAGUAACACAGUGGAUCUGGCUCUUGUCAUAUGCCUGGUUACCAGCCUUCCUCUUAGUAUAGGAUGCGUUGCCAAAACGUUGCCAGUAAAGCAAACCAAAGUGUCAUCAGCACCUAGCAGUAGAAUGAAUUCGCGCUAGUCCUUGGCUGAGAAGCACUGUUUUGAAAAAGUGCAUUAGAAGAUUCUGUUUAUAUUAAGGCAGUGCCUCUGAAACAUAGCGGGGCCAAAUACAACACUGUAAUUGCAAAAGUAGUUUUGCAACACAAUUUAUUUUUAAGGUUCUUUUUUUUCCUAAAGAUUCUGUCUUGUUUGUUUACUUUCGCCCUUGAUGCAUCUUUCUGUGAAUCUAACCAGCAAUCCUUUUUGCUGAAAAGUACUGUGUCCUUUAUAAUAUUUUAAAAAGAUAUGCUGGGGAAGUGAAGGAAUGGAGUUUGUCACCUUCAAAUAUGGAAUUAAAGGCUUCACUGAGUUCAGGUCUCAGAUCAAAUUGAGCAAAGGCAAAUUUUAUGGCUUAGUCCCUCAGGUCUUACAAGGCAUAUAUUUAUAUUACUUUUUAAAAAGGAGGAGUUUAACUUUUCAAGAACUCAGUUUUUUGGUCUCAGUUCUCUCCAGUGUUUCAUACAGGAUGUUUGCCCUCUGUGCAGAAAUCCUUGGGAAAUACAGAUUUCUUUUUCCAUGUCAAAAUAAGACAAGUGAUAGAUCUAUAUGCAUGCCUUGCCCAUGACUGUUUUUAGCAGCCCCGUGAAGAGCCACUAGACCCACAGGUUCCAUGCUGGGGAUACACUAGGGUCUGAUUAUGGGGUGCAGUGUCCUUGGAAGGAGCUGUGGGGCUUUAUAAAUACUAUGUUGUCAUCGGGCUACACAUUUGCAAUAGUACCUUACUAGUGGGAGCCUUUCUUUUCCCCUCCACAAAUUAAAAUUACAUUUUUGAGUUAUAAAAAUCAUGCACAUCAGGAAUAAAUAACCCUGCAAAUGGGAAAAGCAUUUUUCAGCUCUCUGAAGCAUGACAAUACAGUGGGAACAAUAAAGUAACUGUUUUGAGCAAUGUAGUAUAGAGAUCUACAUGUGUAUGAAAAAAGCUAUCUUCAUUGCCAUAGUAUGACUUCUCCACUCCCAUGUGGAUAAUGCACAUAUUUCUGAAGUCAUUAGAACCCCAUAGUCUGGGUUUCACCACAGUUACUGAGUUGGUGCUACUGAGGACAGAGAGAGAAUUUGACCUUUAGUAAAAAAUCCUUUGGCUUUAGAAUAUCGAUGUCUACGUUUAAUAGUUUUUUAAAAAGCCAGUAUUAGCAUAUAUGGUAUGACUGAUAUUAAGAUCUACUUAGAGAAUUCCAGUAUGCUACACUUUCCAGAAUGGAGACUACUGAUGGUAGUAAAUGAAUGAAAACAAUCUCUUAUCAACUGUUGGGUUAUCUCGUAUGAUGCACAGAUGGAAUAAAUUCACAGGGAGAAUGGCGAUGAGAGGGAGCAGAGGGGGUUAAAAUGUAAAUGUGAUUUAUUCAUAAAUAUUUUUUGUGUCAUGAACUCAUGACAAUUGAAGAAUGAGUUUAAGUUGAUCUGAAGUCAUAUAAUUGAUAUAUAAUUGUACAGUGUACUUAAUGGGAAUGAAGGUAUUAAGGGAAAUUAUUCGGAAGGAUCUGUAAUAAAAAAAUAAACCCAAUGCUUGUAGUUUGCAAGUGAUCUGGCACCAUGUCUACUGAGAUGUCUGGGUAUAACCACCCCUGGACCUCGCUGUCAUUAUCGUGUGGCAGAAACACAGAAAUGUAUCAUCUUUCCUCUCUGGUGUGUCUGUGCUAACCCAGUGGGGAUCUUUGAGAACAUCUGAUUAAACUCUGUAUCUAAAUAUUAUUUGUAAAUAAAACAUACCCAGCUUUGAAAUAUGUUGUCAUUGUAAGCCAAGUGUCCUACACCCUACUGUUUGGCUCAUUUCAUCUGUGGACCUCACAUUCAUAUGGGACCAUGAGGCACCGUAAGAUUACCAAACCCCUAGAUGUCAUGACCCUGAGAGUGCUCCUUCCAUGGGCCUUUACUGUAAGUCUGUGGGGUGGUGGUUCCUGAGGCUUGGGCAGAAAAGGACCAGUGGUAAGAAGUGACCCUUUGAUCUCAGGAAGUGAAGGUGAGUGGAUCCGGAGAGUUGAAUGUCUUUCAUUAUCUUUCUGACAUGGAACAUCUACAAGGAGGAACAGAGAUAUCGAUGAAUUCUUGGAAGAAGAAAACAAAGUUAAUCGCUGCCCUCAGUAGAUCGGUGCUGUAUUGGCAGAAUCCUAAGAAAGCUCAGCCGUAAAAAUAAACCCAUCUGUCAAACUCUUGCCGAUCUGUCAGUAUAAAGUUAUUGUCUUUGAAAGGAGCCUAUGGAUCCUCAUGUGGCAUAGGAUUAAGGUGGGCUUCCACUUGCUUGUUGUCAUAAACCAGCACACCGCUUUUGGUUUUGGGAAUUUUAUCUUCUUGGUUUACGACAUGAUAAAGCAUACAUGGGCCUCCCAGCUCUGUGUGAUCAGCCGUUCAUCUUUUACUUUGCCUGUCUCUGGAGUGGACCAAAGAGAAAAGUCCUUUUAUGUGGCUUUUCUGUAUUAAUCUAUGCAGUGUGAACAGUAUAAAUAGAUACAAAAAAAACAUACUGCUUCCUGGGCUUUAUUUUUCUUCUCUCUCUUUUUGAGCUGCUUUGUAUUCUCGUAUGGUGUAUUAUCUUAUUUCAGGUUACAAAAAAAUGAAUGGACCAUUUAAAAAUAAACAUUGUUAUUUAUGCCAAUCAGGAAUGAAUAUCUAUUUUCAAGGUGUUAAGGUCUUUGUGAAAAAAAAAUGUUAAAAGAAGGAAAAUUUGAAUUUAUCCACUGUAACAGCCAAUCCAAUAAAAUACAAUAGAGAAUAAAGUCUCUGAGAAAUCUGGUAACUAUUAUAACUACUAUUGUACCCCAAAAGGUCAACAACUAAACACUUGAGCAAAUUCUUCAGUUCACGUAAGGAGAAUGUGGAAACCACAAUAUCUUUUCUCUUGAAUGUGAGAAAGUGUUCUGAAAUAUAUUAGUGCACAUUCAUUCAUUUUUCUCAUUGCCACAACCUUGCAAUACGUUGCCUCUGGGAAGAUCUCAUUCUCCUUUUGCAGAUAAAGUCACACUGAGUCUCAGAGAGGUUAAGCAUGUCCUAAGUGAGGAAUAGUAGGUACUGUUGGGCACAGGCGUACAUGAACCACUGAUCCUGACCACGGGGAGCAUAUGAAUUAGCUAGGGAGCUUAAGAAAUAUAAAUUCGGCAGACAUCUAUGUUAAGAUCAAAGACUAAAAUUCCCUUUUAGAAUACCUUUCUAGCCAGAAAUGUAACAAACAUAGUAAAGGGCCCCAAAAAUCGUCAUCAAUAGAAAAAGUUCAAUGCCAUUAGCAUCAAAAAGUGGUGGCUAGGGAAAGAAAAAGGAAACUUCAGGGGGAACAAAAUAGACCACCCUAGACCAUGGUGACUUCACUUUACUCCUCAGAGCCACCGUGGUGAGUCCACGGAAUCCUGCCCCACUUGAGGAGAGAGACGAAUGCCGUGGGUGACUUUGUAGUUCAUUGACCAUGGUGUAGAGGAAAUGGCUCUUAGGAGGAAACGGGAAAAAUAGGAGAAGGUGUUUCUCUCACAAAGAAGGGACACCCUUACCUUAAAGAAAUGAAGAAAGAAAGAAAAAGAACACGCAUAAUCAAAAUAAUCCCCUCAUCAUAUUCUAGGAAAAUGGAUGCAAAAUGUUCACUAUCAGUACUUUGAGAGUAAGAGAAAAAUCCUUGACAUUUCGACAUGAAAUAUUCAGAGCAAUAUUCAAUAACUUAAGGAAGAAAAGGCUACAAGGUAGAUCUGAAAAGGAAAGUAUGAAGUAAGGGUAUUAUUCCUAGCCAAGAUGUCACUCAAGAAUAAAGGCAAGAACAGAUAAACAAACACAUCUGUUUUGUUUGGUUUUAAUUUGAGAGAGAGAGUGAAUGCACACACGUGAGUUGGGGAGAGGGGCAAAGGGAGAGAAAAAGAGAAUCCCAAGCAGGCUCCACACUCCGUGCAGAGUCUGACACAGGGCACAAUCCCAUGACCCUGGGAUCAAGAGUCAGAUGUUCAACUGACUGAGCCACCCAGGCACCUCUCCAGCCGUCUGUCUUAAAGUUUCCUGGUGCUCAAGGGCCCUUCUUGAAAAAACUGGCCACGAACUUUGUCAAACUAAAAGAUAAAAUAGAGUUUAGCAAUGUCACUUUACUACAGGAAAGGGUGAGGAGCAGUGCCUUCACUUAAAUAUCAAGUAAAUAUUGCACAGUUGUGAAAUUCGGGCCAUAGAAAAGACCGUAAAUUGUUAGAUCUUGACAGUAUGAAAAUAUAACAAAAAUCGUGAGGUGGGACAAGGGAAAUGACAUCAUACUAAUGACUUCGUCUGUCAGAGAAAAGAGAAUUGAUCUGAUCUUAAGUUGAAUGAUCUAGUUAAAAACCCAAUGCUACAAAAUUCUUAAUUGAUUUUAUAAUUCCUUUUCUUAACCUUAGAGGAAUGUAUUAGAAAAUAAUAUAUUAUGAUAAAGAUGUAUUUGAAGUUAACAAUACCUUUAGUUUCAUUUAGGUUCUUUUUCUUUCAUUAAAUAAAAAAAAUAAGUGAUAUAUAUAUAUAUAUAUAUAUA